UAAAACGUUACUUAAAGGUGAAUUAUUUAUUUAAUUUAAAAUUAAAGAACUAAUUAUAGGUGUACAUUUACGUAUGUAUGUAAGAGCAACUCACACUCACGGCUCACACAUACACACAAGCAUACAAUUUUCAACAAUCCAUUGAGCCGCAAUUAUAAAAACCUUCAAAGGUUGUUAUAUACAUUGUAUGCUCUAAAAUUUUAUAUACAUACACUGAUAAGCUCUACAGCUUACUUGCAAAAAAAUCAACAAGUUAAACAAGCUCUGAAUCUGGCUUUAAAAUGUGGCAUCAUUUUAUAAUUAUAUGCGCAACAAUAUUGGGGACUCGAUUAGCUACCGGCAGUUUGACGACGAGUUGUCCAGCAGAUAAGUUCCACUGCGGCAAUAAUUCAUUUAUUGACAAAGGGAAGAUAUGUAACGGUGUUAAGGAUUGCGCUAAUGGCAACGAUGAAAGAUUUGGAGUCUGCUUUAAUACCACUUGCCCUGGAUUUCGUUGCAACUAUGGCGGCUGCGUUGAUAUAUCUGCGGUGAAUGACAACAAGACAGAUUGCUGGGAUGGCAGUGAUGAGAAUAAGUUGCUCGAUGAGAACGUGGAUCUAUUGGGUACUCUGCAAGGCAGAUGCAGUGCUCCAUUCACUUUCAUGUGCCGUAAGCCUCGCACGGGUGAGCCCGUCUGCGUGAAGAUGAGUCAAUUGUGUGAUGGCCAUAAGCACUGCGAAGAUGGCUCCGAUGAAUCAGCAGAGUUCUGUACAUUCAACGUAUGUGGUAAACGAGCCUUUCGGUGCAAGUAUGGGGCCUGCAUUAGUAUCGAUAAGGUUUGCAAUCGGCAAGCAGACUGCUUCGAUAGCAGUGAUGAGUACAGUGCCUUGUGCGCUGGCGCUCCAAAGCAGGAAGAGUGUGCUCCAGUGGAAGAUCCACAUUUAUUACCUCCCAGCUCCACGAUUUUUGAAGAUGAAGUGCCAAUAUAUGCAAUAACUACUACAUGGGAGUUAACCAGUCAAACAUGUGCGUUGCCGCUCCACACGGGCAUGUACUUGAGCAACUACUUCUCUGACUACCGGGAGCUGCAGCCGACGCCGGAUAGGACAGUCGUAAGAGUGAACUGCGAGAGCGGCUAUGAGUUCGACGACAAGAACAACAACAACACAAACAAAUGCAUUGGAAACGAAUGGAAAGAUAAAUGGCCAAAGAUCUCGCGUGUCUGCAUGCAAAAGUCUGAGGUUCGCCAUAUUCAGUACUUGACGCAUGCCACGCUGAACAAUAAGCCCAUUGACCCUACGCAGAAGCAGUUUAAGCAAACCACAGUCAUAACGGUAACAUGCGCUCCUGGCUAUAGCCAAGUGCCGUCCAAUGGGCAAAGCCUAGUUGGCAAACACAUUUGCAAAGAGGACGGUGAGUGGACAACAGAGGACGAAAAUCCCAUAUGCAAGCCUGUUUGUGGCAUUCAGUCGCCGCAUCAUCCAAAUGUGGAGCCUUGGACUGUAAGCCUAUUCGAACGUAGUGAUUACAAGCGUUAUAAAUUCAAAUGCUUGGGCACUAUUCUAUCGCCACAUAUUAUCUUGACUGCCACUAACUGCAUUUCAACCAAAAUGUUUAGCAAAGUCAGGGAAACUCAUUUGUACUAUUCCGUUGUGGAGGGCAAUUUUAACACAGCCUUUGAUCUGAACGCAGAGCAUGGAUACGCCAUACACAACGUUUCGAAGGUCGAGCCUAUUCCACCCAACCUCCAGACAAAAUCAGUUAUUCUACAUUUGGUGCAGCCACUGAAGAUUGGCGGCAAAGUGAGACCAGUAUGUAUUGAAGAAACUCUGCCCACUAAAGAUUCGUUUGAUAAUGUAGAUCCAGCACUUAUUGGCAAAGCGGUAACCAAAAUUGUUGAUAACAAAUAUGUUAUCACACACAUUGUGGCCGAAGAAAAAAAGCAAUACGGCAUUAACCAAUUGUUGACGUACAUUCAGAAGGAGAUCGAUGAAAGAACACGUUUGGCAACAAUAUGA